GGCUCGUGAUGUUAAAUGUUUUAUUUAUUUGUUUGAUGGUUGUCGGAACAAUAGCUAACGAUGAUAAAACAAAGAAGCAAAUUACGACCAUAAAAAUUGAUAGUGCCGCAGCUAAAAGUAGACCGGGUACGUUAUUAAUGUUAGCUUAG